AUGAUUCUUGGUUUUUGGGAAUCGACAAUCGCUAGUAGUGUAUUUUUUCCAUUGGUCCUUCGUAUUUAUCAAAGCAUAAUUGAUUCAUUUGUUGCUAUUGAUAGAAAUCAAACAGGCUUUGAAACAACAGGAAAUGUUGGAUUAGGCUGUCGUAAUAAAACAUCAUACCUGGAUGCUAAUCUCUCACCUUAUGAUAAUAUAAUGUCGGCCAUUAAAUGGUAUGCAGUAUACGGUAGCUGUUGUUUUGCUCUUUUAUGGAUUGCUUUUAACUGUUGGAUUAUAUCAGCGGAACGUCAAGUUCGUAAGAUAAGAUAUGCAUUAAUUAAAAAUAUUAUGCGACAAGAUAUUGGUUGGUUUGAUCGUCGAUUGUCAAGCGAUCUUUCUGCUGGUCUACUCGUCGAUGAUUUGGAUAAUAUACGCGAAGGAAUUGGUUACCAAGUCGCUGAUUGCACAGCUCUUCUUGCUCGUGUCAUUGCGUGUUUGGGAUAUUCAAUAUGGACUGGCUGGAAACUUACCUUAGUUUUCUUAAGCGUUUCUCCUCUGAUUAUUAUCACAUUUAAUAUUACAUUUGCUGUUAUGAAAAAGUUUACAAUACUCGAGGGCACUGCUUAUACGAAAGCAAAUGCAAUUGUCGAUGAAGUUCUCUCAGCUAUUCGUACAGUAACCGCUUUUGGAGGUCAAAAGCAUGAACGUACUAGAUACCAACAAAGUUUAACAGAUGCAAAGAAUGCCGGUUUAAAAAAAGGUCUUCUUCUUGGUAUUAGUCAAGCAUUUGUCAGCAUCGCUUUGUAUGGUGCAAUUGCUCUCAUAUUUUGGUAUGGACCUUAUUUGGCACGCGUAGAAUGUUCGAAUUACGAUGCUGGUGUUGUCAUGAUUAUUUUCACCACAUGUCUCUUUGCAACAAAUAACAUAUCAUUGUUCAUUCCAUAUUUACUUGCUUUUAUUGAAGCUGCCGUUUCAGGAGCAAAAGUAUUUGCCGUUAUUGAUCAGAUCCUGAAUAAUUUGAGCAUUCAUUUUCCUGCUGGCAAGACAACGGCAAUUGUUGGUGAAACUGGUUGUGGCAAAAGUACAAUUAUUCAUCUAGUACAACGUUUUUAUGAUCCGGAAGAAGGACAGGUUCUACUCGAUAACAAUGAUAUUCGUCAUUUAAAUGUAACUUGGCUUCGAUCAAAUAUGUCUGUGGUUUCUCAAGAACCCGUUCUUUUUAAUGAUACGAUUGCUGAAAAUAUUCGCUUUGGUCAUGAGACAGCGAGUGACGAAGAGAUUAAAGCGGCUGCACAAAUAGCUAAUAUUCACAACUUCAUCAUCAAGGAGUUACCGAAUGGUUAUAAUACAUUAGUUCAAGGAUCACAUUUGGCAGGAGGACAAAAACAAAGAAUUGCUAUUGCACGAGCAGUAUUAUCGAAUCCAAAGAUCUUGCUUUUAGAUGAAGCAACAUCUGCAUUAGAUGCAAAGAAUGAAAGUGAAGUACAAAUUGGUCUUGAACGAGCUUCUCAAGGUCGAACAACAAUUGUUGUUGCUCAUCGAUUGACAACAAUUCGAAAAGCACAUCAUAUUAUCGGUCUCAAUGCAGGUCAAAUCGACGAACAAGGUACUCAUGAAGAGUUAAUGAGACUCAAUGGACGUUAUGCACAAGCAGUUAAACUUCAAAGAAUAAUGGAUCCACAUGAUGAGAAUGAUGAAGACGAAGAUAACGAUUGUGAAAAUGGAAACAAUCAUGCUUCCGGUAUGUUACAUAACUUGACUUUAGAAAAGAAUUAUCUUACUAAUUACUGGAACAACCAUUCUAAUAAAGUUAAUUUUUGA